CGACCAAGAAGCUCCUGUUCGGCGCAAAAAGUCAGUAGAUUUCCCGCAUGUAUUCUUGAUUUGCUUUGUGAGAGGUGCAGCCUUGUGGCAAGUAGGAAAUAUUCAAUCAAGCUUGCGCUUUUUCGCAUCAAGUUAAUCUUCAGUAAUUUCAGAUAUAAUUCAACAACAUGCCGCGCGAAGCAGAACCUUCGCUGAACGAAAAGGCGUUCCUGCUUCAGGCGCUGCAGCAGAAUUUACGACUUGACGGGCGUGAUAUAGACGAAUACCGACCCAUAAAGUUGUCUUUUGGUGACGAAUAUGGACUCGUUGAGGUUGAAUUUGGCAAAACAAGAAUUGUCGCAAAAGCUUCGGCCGAAGUCACAAUACCAUAUACCGACCGCCCCUUCGAUGGAAUCUUCAAUAUCGUCACAGAGCUCAGUCCAAUGGCAUCCCCCGCCUUUGAGGUGAACCGCCCGACCGAGACCGAAGUCCUCCUGUCCCGACUGCUCGAGAAGACGAUCCGGCGAUCCAACGCGCUCGACACCGAGUCUCUGUGCCUGGUCGCGGGCCAAAAGUGCUGGUCCAUCCGGGUGGAUGUGCACGCCGAGUCCCAUGACGGCAACCUGAUCGAUGCCUCCUGCCUCGCUGUGGUCGCCGCCCUGCGCCACUUCAGGAAACCGGACACGAGCAUCGAGGGCGAGGUCGUGACCGUGUACACCCCCGCAGAGAGGGAACCCGUACCGCUGAGCUGGCUGCACUCGCCAUUUUGCGUCACCUUCAGCUUCUUCGGCGACCUGGGCGACAUGUUCGUCGUCGACGCCAACUGGCUCGAGGAGCAGGUCCGUGUGAGCUCCUGCACCAUCAGCUUGAACCGUCACGGCGAGAUUUGCCAGAUCGCAAAGCUAGGAGGGACCGCCGUCGAAGCCGUCACACUGCUGCAGUGCAACGCGGUGGCGUUGGUCAAGGCCAAGGAUUUCUCCAAGCUCCUAGAUGAUAAACUGGCAGAGGACGCAAAUAAGAGGGACAGGGGCGGACUUUUGGCGGAGCUGUCGGCAGAGAACGAGAGGUGAACUCGAGGGUGUUUUUUUGCAUAUAGAAGACGCCCAAAAGAGAAAUAGAAAACCAACAAAACCAAAACAAAACCGAUGAUACCCCAGCCAAAUGCAAUGGCAAAAUGACGCCGUUCCUGAAACUCAUAAAAUCGUAACACAAUAGGCACCAGCCAAGGCAACAAAAUGCGCACCCAGACUCGGGCCUGCCAGUCAACCACACGUAGCAAGCUCCCGA